CUUCUGGUCACACUUCGGACUCAAUUGCGAAAGCUGUACCUUUUUGCAGGCCGCCCACUUGUGUCAGCAUCAGAGAGGCUGCAGGAGCCUGAAUUGCCUUCAGCAGCUUUACGCCUACACCGCGAACCCUAGCACACGCCUUCCAAGCAACGCCCCACCGUCCGACCUGGCGCACCUCUUCUGGCAACGGCCUCCGGCUGAGCCGAAGAACCUUUCUCCACCGUCGGCAAUGUCACAGCCAUCAGAGCGCCCGCGAUUAACACCCCAAUUCUGCUUCAACCAGACCGCCCUCCGAGACUUCCUCCGUAUAUCGCGCGGCACCAUCGACGACUCGAUAACCCAGAACCUCAAUGCGCUGCUGACGCCCGCGGGGCGGGGCUUCGAUCCCUCUUCGACGUCCUCGCGCUCACUAGCUGCGCCUGGUACGAGUCGGAUGAUUCCGCCAGAGCAGUGCGACGCUUUCAAAGAACGAGUCUUAUUCCCGUCAUGGGCGGUACGUUCAGAUGUGCUGGACUACUGCGCGGGCGUUGCCACCUCCCCCGAUCCAGACGAUCCCGACAGUAUCCUCCGACAAAUCGAAGAUGACAAGGCGCGAGAGCGCGUUGUCGACGAGCGGUUAGAUCCAUAUUCAGGACGGUUCUUCCCCCGAGAAGCGCGCACAGAAAGUCUAGCCAUGCUGAUGCGGAACGAACGGGCUGUAGAGAAGAUCAUUCGAAGUCGGACAUGGAGCGUGCUCGGCGAGCGUUGUGGCAUGAGCAGCGAGACGGCGGAUCAGGCGUUUGAUAAGUGGAGGCAGAGGCAGCCGAAG